AUGGGUGGCGCACAGCAUAUGGGUUCCCGGAAAGGGACCCCGCCAUUUCCUGUUAGACAGAUGACAAUACUGGCACUAUGCCGAAUCUGCGAACCCAUCGCCUUUAUGUCCAUCUUCCCAUACGUAUAUUUCAUGAUCCAGGAUUUCGGCGUUGCCCACAACCAGUCCGAGAUAUCAGUAUAUGCGGGCAUGGUCACUUCAGCAUUCGCCUUCGCAGAGUUCUCGUCGGGUGUCGCAUGGGGAAAACUGAGUGAUCGAGUUGGACGGAAACCAGUUCUUCUCACGGGACUGGCUGGUACGGCUCUCAGCAUGUUGAUCUUCGGGUUCGCGCCCAAUCUGCCAGUCGCAUUACUAGCUCGUGCGCUGGGAGGUCUCUUGAACGGGAAUAUCGGCGUUUUGCAGACCACAGUCGCGGAAAUGGUCACGGUCAAGGAACACCAACCUCGCGCUUAUACUAUUAUGCCAUUCGUGUGGUGUCUCGGGUCGAUCCUCGGCCCAACACUCGGCGGCGCAUUAGCCAGACCAGUGACAAAUUACCCGUCCAUAUUCACCAAGGGCACCAUCUGGGAGCGCUUCCCUUACCUCCUCCCGAAUCUGGUGUGCACGGUAAUCGUCACCUGCGGCGUGAUCAUCGGGAUCCUCUUCCUCGAGGAAACGCACGCCGAGAAGAAAUACCGUCGCGACCCGGGCCUCGAGGCAGGGAAAUGGAUCCUGAGCAAGGUGACACGAUGCGCCGAGUCGAAGAGCAGUCGCUGCGAGAAGGCCGCUGAUCUCGACGAGGUCAUGUCGUUGUUGAGUGAUGACGAGCAGCCGCCUGGAUAUCGCACGACGGAUGGGUCGCCGAAAUUGCCUUCGACGCCUUCGCCUGAGCCGCAGGAGGCAUUGGAUUUGAAUGCGCCGGCGCAGGUCUUGAUGCUGAGGGAGAGGCCAGCUGCUACCAAGGCGUUUACGAGACAGGUCGUUCUGAAUAUUGUCGGCUAUGGGAUCUUGGCUUACCACACCAUGACCUUCGACGCCAUGCUCCCCACCAUGCUCUCCACCGAACUCCCAACCGACACGUCGCACUUCAACCUCCCCUUUAAAUUUGUCUCGGGCUACGGCCUCGACACCAAAGAAAUCGGCGUCAUCCUCUCCAUCCAAGGCCUUUACUCCAUGCUCGCCACCAUCUUCCUCUUCCCCUUCGUAGUGCGCCGCCUCGGCGCCCUCGGCCUCUUCCGCCUCAUCGCCCUCUCCUACCCAAUCCUCUACCUCACUACUCCCUACCUGGUCCUCCUCCCGCCAUCGCUACGCAUGAUCGGUGUGUAUUUCGUCGUUAUUUGGAAAUGCACGUUUAGCACUAUGGCGUACCCGGCGAAUGCGAUUCUGCUGACGAACUCGGCGCCGAGCUUGUUGAUGCUGGGCACUAUUAAUGGGGUUGCUGCUAGCACGGCGAGUUUGUCGAGGGCGUUUGGCCCGACGGUUAGUGGGUUCUUGUUUAGUGUUGGGUUGAGGUGUGGGUAUGGUGGAUUGGCGUGGUGGUGUAGUGCGCUGAUUGCGGUGGGUGGUGCGGUCAUUUCGUUAAGGAUGACGGAGAAGGGUGGGAGGAUGGACGUCCAGGAUGAGAAGGCGGAGGAGGAAUGUGUGGAGGAGUUGGAGUUGGGGUUUGAAGGGCAUGUGGCGGCGCUGGAUGAGGCGCUUUUGAAUGCCAAUGCGAAUGCGAUUGUGGAGGAGAGGGAGGGGAGAGAUGAAGCUGAAGCUGGAGCUGGACACGACAGAUGA